CUUAUAAUCGGAAAAGAGAAAGAGCCAGCUCUCUCAAUCUGCAACUACCAAAUCUUCACAUCUAUUGCAGCUUAGCUUGUAUAUGGAAUGUUUUGAAGUUGAGUUGUUUGAAGAUGGAUAGAAACCCUUUGUUAUGCAGAAAAUGGGCUUGUGGACAAUAUUGGAAGGUUUUUUGCUUCUUGCAAAUGCUUUGGCAAUAUUAAACGAGGACCGUUUUCUUGCUCCCAGAGGAUGGAGUUUCUCCGAAUUCUCUGCAGGGCGGACAAAGUCAUUUAAAGGGCAGCUUAUCGGUCUCAUUUACGCAUCACAAUACAUGAGAGUUCCUCUCAUACUACUCAAUGCAAUCUGCAUUGUCGUAAAGUUAGUUUCUGGUUGAUUCUGCUCUAGAAUUCAUGGAACAUAGGAAUUUGCAGAUGGUUAUUGAAAGACAGAAGCAUUCAUUUCAGAAAUUAGCUGGUAUGCCUGUUGUGUAACCAGUUAUAUUCUAAGGUUGUAUACCCAUUUUUAAAAUCGAGUUUGAGGUUUGAUGA